UUCCCAGCCCACACCAGGGUGCACACGGGCGAUUUCUCCCUAAAAACAAAGGAAGAAACGGACUGAGAAAGGUGGGACUCGAACUCAGGUCUCCCUCCACACCCCACCCCUCCACUCCGCACACAUCGGAUCCAGCCAGCCCUUUCUGUCUGCUGGUGCCGCGGCCGCUGUCCGAGCCCCGCCCAGCGGGUUCGCACGUGGCCCCCGCCUGACCCUGCGCCUGGGGGCGGAGUAGGGCCGAGCAGGCGGCAAACGCAGCACUUUCCGCCGCUUUGACCAGCCCGCAGCGGCCGGGCCCGAGCGCUGAGCCGGGCUGAGACUGCACCAUGCAGGAAGCGCCAGCCGCUCUGCCCACGGAGCCAGGCCCCAGCCCCGUGCCUGCCUUCCUCGGCAAGCUAUGGGCGCUGGUGGGCGACCCAGGCACCGACCACCUGAUCCGCUGGAGCCCGAGCGGGACCAGUUUCCUCGUCAGCGAUCAGAGCCGCUUCGCCAAGGAAGUGCUGCCCCAGUAUUUCAAGCACAGCAACAUGGCGAGCUUUGUGCGCCAGCUCAACAUGUACGGUUUUCGGAAGGUGGUGAGCAUCGAGCAGGGCGGCCUGCUCCGGCCGGAGCGCGACCACGUCGAGUUCCAGCACCCGAGCUUCGUGCGCGGCCGCGAGCAGCUCCUGGAGCGCGUGCGGCGCAAGGUGCCCGCGCUGCGGGGCGACGACGGCCGCUGGCGCCCGGAGGACCUGGGCCGGCUGCUGGGCGAGGUGCAGGCCUUGCGGGGCGUGCAGGAGAGCACCGAGGCGCGGCUGCGGGAGCUCAGGCAGCAGAACGAGAUCUUGUGGCGGGAGGUGGUGACUCUGCGGCAGAGCCACGGUCAGCAGCACCGGAUCAUCGGCAAGCUGAUCCAGUGUCUCUUUGGGCCACUUCAGGCGGGGCCCAGCAGUGCGGGAGCCAAGAGGAAGCUGUCCCUGAUGCUGGACGAAGGGAGCACAUGCCCAGCACCUGCCAAAUUCAAUGCCUGCCCCCUACCUGGUGCCCUCCUGCAGGACCCCUACUUUAUCCAGUCGACCCGGUCCAGGUGUGUGUAUUGGGUUCUGGCUCUCCCUGUGCCAAGAGGCCAAGGGCUGGGCCUCGCCUUCUACUUACAGCCCCUCCCAGAGACGACCUUGGGCCUCAGCCCUCACAGACCCAGAGGCCCCAUCAUCUCUGACAUCCCAGAAGACUCCCCAUCCCCUGAAGGGACCAGGCUUUCUCCCUCCAGUGGUGGCAGGAGGGAGAAGGGCCUGGCACUGCUCAAAGAAGAGCCGGCCAGUCCAGGGGGGGAUGGCGAGGCCGGGCUGGCCCUGGCCCCAAACGAGUGUGACUUCUGCGUGACAGCCCCCCCACCGCUGCCUGUGGCUGUGGUGCAGGCCAUCCUGGAAGGGAAAGGAAGCUUCAGUCCUGAAGGGCCCAGGAGUGCCCAACAGCCUGAGCCAAGGGACCCCAGGGAGAUAGCUGACAGGGGGCCUCUGGGCCUGGAGAGAGGGGACCGAAGCCCAGACAGUCUGCUGCCUCCACUGCUGCUUCGGCCCCCACCAGAAAGUGUGGAGCCUGCAGGGCCCCUGGAUGUGCUGGGCCCCAGCCUCCAAGGGCGAGAAUGGACCCUGAUGGACUUGGACAUGGAGCUGUCCCUGCUGCUUCCGGGGGGGGGGGUUCUCUCACGCAGAUGCAGCCCUUGGUUCCAGAGAGGGGUGAGCCUGAGCUGGCAGUCAAGGGGUUAAAUUCUCCAGGCCCAGGUAAUGGUUGUGGUGAUUGAGGAGGCCACAGACUGGUCUAGGACCUUGAUUGUGUGGGCUGGGCAGCUCCUGUUUUGCAGGACAUCCCCUGAGUUCAGUGUCCUGCAGAGUGCUACUUUGAGCCACCUGCCCCCUCACCACUGGCUGAGAGUGGGGAGGUUGAGAAUGGAAUGGAUGUUUCAUCCUGAGCAGAAGGCAGGCGGGCAGGACUCUUCUUCCCUAAAGAAAGGAGGAGGACCCUUUCCCCUCUGCUGAGCACAGCCCCAUUUCUCCUAGGGAAGGACCCCACGCUCGGGGCCCCACUCCUGCUGGAUGUCCAGGCUGCUUUGGGAGGCCCAGCCCUUGGCCUGCCUGGGGCUUUAACCAUUUACAGCGCCCCUGAGAGCCGGGCCUCCUACUUGGGCCCGGCGGCCAGUCCCUCCCCCUGAGACCGCUGGCCUCUGAAGCCAGCGGGCAGAGGAAGCCGUCGGCGGCUCACACUCUUCUUGGCUUCCUGGCGCCCCCUGGCGGGGGGUGAGCGAAGCCCCCACUACUCAACAGCCUCUCUCCUUUACCCCGACGAGCCCUGCACAUAAACUGCAUUUUUUUCUGUG